GAGUGAAAUCUCUUAAUGUCGGAACCAGGCAGUGGUCACAGCACAGAGUGACAGAGUGACCAGAGUUCUACAAAAGGAAGAAGAAAGAUCUGUUUAUUUUGUGAUUUGAAUAAAUCAUAUUUAUUUAUCAAGGGUGAGAGCAGCAGGAAGCACAGUGGCUGCAAAUAGUACCACAUGUUAAAUCAGAGUGAAUACAUGUGAAUCCCAAGAAGCGAGGAAGGCGGGUAUAUCAAGAAUAAUAAGGCUGUCUGCAAAGAUUUGAAAAAUGGCAACAAAUGAAAGUAUCAGCAUCUUUAGUUCAGCAUCCUUGGCUGUGGAAUAUGUAGAUUCACUUUUGCCUGAGAAUCCUCUGCAGGAACCAUUUAAAAAUGCUUGGAACUAUAUGUUGAAUAAUUAUACAAAGUUCCAGAUUGCAACGUGGGGAUCUCUCAUCGUUCAUGAGGUCCUUUAUUUCUUGUUCUGUUUACCUGGAUUUUUGUUUCAAUUUAUACCUUACAUGAAAAAGUACAAAAUUCAAAAGGAUAAACCAGAAACAUGGGAAAACCAAUGGAAAUGUUUUAAAGUGCUUCUCUUUAAUCACUUUUGUAUCCAGCUUCCGUUGAUUUGUGGAACUUAUUAUUUUACAGAGUAUUUCAGUAUUCCCUAUGAUUGGGAAACAAUGCCAAGAUGGUACAUUCUUUUGGCAAGAUGUUUUGGCUGUGCAGUGAUCGAGGAUACUUGGCACUAUUUCUUACAUAGGCUUUUACAUCACAAAAGAAUAUAUAAAUAUAUUCAUAAAAUUCAUCAUGAGUUUCAGGCUCCAUUUGGAAUGGAAGCUGAAUAUGCACAUCCUCUGGAAACCAUAAUUCUUGGAACUGGAUUUUUCAUUGGAAUCAUGCUUUUAUGUGACCAUGUUAUUCUCCUUUGGGCCUGGGUGACUGUUCGUUUGAUAGAGACUAUUGAUGUCCAUAGUGGUUAUGACAUUCCUCUCAACCCUUUGAAUCUCAUUCCUUUUUAUGCUGGUUCUCGGCAUCACGAUUUCCACCACAUGAACUUCAUUGGAAACUAUGCUUCAACAUUUACAUGGUGGGACAGAAUUUUUGGAACAGACUCUCAAUUUAAUGCCUACAAUGAAAAGAUGAAGAAAGUUGAGAAAAAGACUGAAUAAGCAUCUCAUAUAAACCUUCCGGAAAAUAUGCAUUUCCUGAAUUGAAGCUAGUAGCUAACAUUGCUUCUGGGGAGCAGAAAUAUACAUAUGACUUGGCCACUAAGUGAUUUAAAAGAAUAGUAACAACUUUUAAUUAAUUUCCUAGUGGGAGCUUUCAUAUAUUUAAAUAGUUUUCCUGAGGAAGUUUUAAGGGCCAUUUUGCUAACUUACAGAAAGGAUUUAAGUAAUGGAAGGAGUAUUAAUUGAAGUCUUCCCCCAACAUUGUACCAUAGGUGUGAAGCCAAAAUUGGUCUUUAAAUCUUUUAAAUAUAUAGUGGCCAUUUCAGGAACUCUUGGUAGUGGUGUUGGCCUCCUGUUGAACUUUAAAUACCUUUUUGGAAUUUGCAUAAAAAUCAAAUGCCAUGGAUUGAACUAUACCAGUCUGUACAGUAUGAGUGAGUGCCGAAUCCAGAAUAGCCAGUGCCAGGAAUUUCUUCUUAUCUGGAGCUGACCAGUUUGAAGUGACUCUUUGGGAAGUCCUUUUUGAUUACAAUGUACCACUGUUAUCUAUAAAUUAAGGCAUUUAUGAAUUGAUGUAAGACUAUUUUAGUCUAAAGGUUUUCAAGUUACUUGAACUUUUUUUAAAAAUUGAGCUUUAUUUCUGCUAUUUACCCUUUCAUUUUUGUAUAUCAAGUUUUCUUUGUACUUAAAGCAGUGUCCUGAAACUGUGUACUGGCUUGCUGUAUUUGCACUUGGAGCUGUUGAAAUAAAUGUGAUUUUGUUUGAUUAUUCCAUUUCCAAUUUAAAA